AUGCCUCCUUCUCUGAACACCCAUCCCUCCUUCACCCGUCCUCGGACCAGCGAUCGUGAUGGCCGGCCCAGCACCCGCGACCAGGGCGCUGACCAGAACCUCCUGAUUCCUAGCCGCACCUCUUCGCUGCACUCGCGCAUUACACAGCCCAUUCCCUCCACCCUCAACAUCAAGCCCCAGGCUCGCACGCCCAAGACUCUCACCCAUGCUUACAUGGUGUGUGGUGUUGGCCGCGAGCCCUCGCAAUGGGUCAAGGCUCCCGCUCCCGCUCAGGGAAAGAUUGGCCACAUGAAGGGUGCCGUGGGACAGUUCUGGCUCCCUGAGAUUUUGGGAAGCAGCCCUCGUCUUGAGCAGGACAACGAAAUUGCGCGUGCUCUUCACGCCGCCAUGCGCGCAUGCUUCCCCCACGACGUCGAGAUUUGCACUGGUCGAAGCCAGCCUCAUUGUGUCCACCACGCCUUCGUGCUUCAGCAAGAUUCUUCCCAUACCCUCUAUGGCAUCUGCCUCCGCGUCUGGUCUCGAGCCGACGAGAAGAGGGCCGAGACUAUUCGUGACCUGCGCAAGCGCACCGAGAGCGACUUUUACGAUAACCCUGAUGAGACCUACUGGAUUCCCUACUGCUUGUCCUUCCUAUCCCGGUACCCUCUCUACAACCUUCUGGGUGAUUACCUGCGAGGCAUGUGGAUUCACUGGAACAAGGCUACCAAUCUCUUCCACGCUGAGGAGGUCUCACGUAUCCUGAGCUUCCCAGCUCCCCGCCUUAACGACUUGGUUCGAAUUGACAUGAAGGACUAUGCUCUUUGCUACCAGUUCCCUUCAUCGCCCACCGGGUUUCAGAACUUUGCCAUGUGGCCACUGUUCAACUGUCUGUCAAUCCCCAACAUUGUCGGUGUCAUUGAGGCCGCCAUCUCUCCCACUCGCCGAAUCAUCUUCGUCAGCCACUACCCGGCUAUGCUGACCAUGGCCGCCGAGACCGUUCGAUACUGCGUCCGAGUGUAUGAGUGGAGCGGUCUCUACGUUCCCGUUGUCCAUGCCCGCCAUGCCAAAGAGCUGGUUCAGGAGCCUGGCCCAUACAUCCUCGGUAUUACUGUCGAGUGCCGCUCUCUCUUUACCGCGCCUACCGAUGCUCUUGUUGUCGAUCUCGACCGCAACUUCGUCCUGACCUCCAGUCCUCCUACCGCCCUGACCCCCGGCCAGCGCAACAAGUUCGUCACCCGUCUUACCCAGGCUCUCAAUGGCGAUGUUACCCCAUCGGGUGUUCCCCCUCACCUCCGAUCUGCCUACGGCGGUGGCAAGCUUGUCCCUGCUGGCCAGAUCAUCGUCAUGCGUGGCGAGGUUGAGUCUACUCAGGACCCCGAGUGGUGGAACCAGGACUCCGUCAUGGCUGUCAUGGAUCACGUUUGCGAGAAGCUAGGACGUAACACCGGCAUCAAGGCUGUCUUUGGUGGAUCCGUCAAGAAGCCUCUCAUGACCAAGGUCUCGAUGCGUCACCUCAAUGAGAUUGUUCGCGAGAGGAACCAGUACUCUCGGGAUGCUCUCGAGGCUUGGCAGGACUUUAUCAACCUCAAGGGUCGCAUGGACACAGAGCUCAACAAGGUCACCAAGCGCAACAACUACCUUGUCGAGGAGUUGGAGAGCUGGAAGCAGCAAUUCCUCAAGUUCCAGGCCUUCGCUGAGCAGCUCACCAAAGAGACUCAGGACCUCAAGGUCAAGAUCGAGAACCACAAGAGAGAGAACCGUCGCCUUGCGGGUCUCAUCGACCAGCAGAAGGAUGACAACGCCCGUCUUUCUGUCCGCCUCACUGGCACCGAGAAGCAGCGUGAUGACGCCCUUGAGGCUCUUGUCCUGCAGCAGGAGAUUGCCGAGGAGCUCGAGCGUGAGCGCAAGAGAAACAAGAAGGAACUUUCUCAGCUCCAGCACACCAACGUCACCAUUCUCCGACAGCGUGAUGAGGCUCGUCGUGUUGUUCUGCAUCUCCGUAGCCUCAUUGGUGGUCAGAGCCACCACAUGGAGCACCUCAUCCACUCCCUCACUAAGCCUGAUGACUUGGUUCAGGAGAUUGAGGAGGGCUACGAGGAGGGUGAGGGUGAUGCCGAGAUGGACGAGGAGAUCGCCCCCGAGAACGACAACCGCAUGCUCAAGGCCUCCACAGGCCGGAACAGCAGCAACAAGCGAUACUCGGCGUCGAGCUUCCGAGAUGUUGCCGACCGUCAUCUGAAGGACAAGACUGAUGCUAUUGCCCACAUUGUGCGCAACAUUGCAGAGCAGUGCCAAGCUGCUGUUGAGGGCCUUCAGCUGGCACAAGAUGCGGAGUUGAGGGGGAGUAGACGGAAUUCUAGCCUCUCCACCGCCCAGAGCGAUGACGGCCACUCCGUCGCAACGUCCGAAACUGGUGAUGACAGUCUCCUCCAGCCUGCGUCCGGGAGGGCGUCCAGUAUCCCUCCCACCCCGGAUCUCAUCCCCAACCGGAGCAGCACGGCGAUGUCUUACGCCUCCACUGCCACUACGCCUGAGCGUUCCAGUCAGCAGUACAACCUCCGAGACGAGAUUCCUACAAAGAUCGUCGAGGAUGAUGAAGAGGACUUCGAGGAUGGUCGAAGUGACAACGGACGCAUCACGCACGAGACCAGUGUCGUUUCCAAGCAUGCCGAGUCCCUCAUGCACCGACCGUCCGGCGCCAGGAUCAGCGCCCUCGGAGGCACCCGCUAA